AUGCCAGUCUUCAGCCACUACGGGGAUGUCGAAGACAUUUCUGACCGCCUGGCGAUUCCAGCUCUGGUAUUCUCCAUUAUCACGCCACUGUUUGUUAUAGCGAGGGUUGCUACUCGGCGGUACUAUUCAAAGAGCCUCGGGCCCGAUGACUGGACAAUAUUGGCAUCUCUGGUGUUUGCGGAGACCAUUUCGAUUCAGAUGAUUAUCAUUUGUGGGUGGGCAUUUGGCAAACAUAAAGACGACAUACCCCCAGAGUUGCUUGCAAAGUCCUUAAAGUUGUACUAUUUCGCACAGAUAUUCUACAAGAUAACCAGCGCCUUGACGAAGAUUAGCGUUUUGCUUCUCUAUCUCCAGGUAUUCAUCUCUCCGUGGUUUAAAACCACAUGCUGGGUAGGAAUCGCAAUUAUUGUUGCAUUUACCACUGGAACCGUGGUUUCGAGUAUCUUCCAGUGCAACCCAGUUCCCUAUGCGUUUGACAAGAAGACUCCAGGAGGUGGAAAAUGCAUAAACGUGGGUGCGUUUUGGUUCGCAAACGCGGCUUUCAUCAUUGCAACGGAUGUUUUUAUCAUCCUGCUUCCUAUCCCGGUUAUACUUCGGCUACAACUGCCGGACAGGAGCAAAGUGGCUCUCUGUGGAGUGUUUGCUGUCGGGUUAUUUGUCUGCGUAACGUCGGUCCUACGCAUCACAACCAUCGACAUUGCUACUUCCCGCUCUGAUACGCCCUGGACCAACAUAAACUCCUCAGUAUGGACAGUCAUCGAGUAUAACCUUGCGAUCAUCUGUUCAUGCAUGCCGCCGCUCUGGAGGCCGAUAUCGAUACUCAUUCCUAGUUUUCUGGAACGAUUCGUCAACAACUGCUCUUGGUCAGGCAAGAACAAAAGCAGCCAUGCCCACAGCAGCGGGCCUUCGAUCAUCAAUGCGGCCAUGAGGGCAGAACAAUCAGACUUGUACUUUGGCAGGGCAUGGUCCCCAUUGCCGUCAAAUGCCCAGCCCCUAAACAGAUCCAGGUCACGGCAUCCUAGUACAUCCGCAAGUAUAGGAAUCGGGAAGCUGGAACUGGAUUUAGAGUCGCAGGAGAGGGUCGAUUCCAUGGUCGAUAAAGACAGUGAUUCAGAAAAGCACGGUAUCCGAAUGACCACCCAUGUUGUGGUCAAGUACGAUGAAGCCAGUGAACAGGGAGAAUCCUCGGACCAGCGGUCGUCAGAUAUAGAACUAAGGCAUGUGGAAAUUGGUACCCGGUAG